UUUUGCAAGAAUGUCAGCCAAAUCAUCAGCUCGCGUUUAUAGUUAAAAUUUUUUUGUUAUUUCAGUGAGAUUAUUGUUAUUUUUUGUUUCUACAAGUGAUAAACCAUAAGUGUACAGUGAAAUGGAUCGUUUUAUCAGCAUGUGGAAGGUUCGGGAGUUGGCGGACAAAGUCACAAACGUGGUAAUGAACUACACGGAGGUUGAGGGUAAAGUCCGCGAAGCGACCUCGGACGAGGCGUGGGGUCCCACCGGGCAGCAGAUGCAGGAGCUCGCCCUGGCCACCUUCACCUACGAGCAUUUCCCCGAAGUCAUGAGUAUGUUGUGGAGACGGAUGCUGCACGACAAUAGGUCGCAUUGGAGACGGACUUAUAAGUGCCUCCUCCUGCUGAGCUACCUGGUCCGCAACGGGUCGGAGCGCGUGGUGACGUCAGCCCGCGAGCACAUCUACGACCUGCGCUCGCUCGAGAACUACACGUACGUCGACGAUCUGGGGAAGGAUCAGGGUAUAAACGUGAGGCACAAAGUCCGUGAGCUGAUCGACUUCAUCCAGGAUGACGAGAAGCUGCGUGAGGAGAGGAAAAAGGCCAAGAAGAAUAAGGACAAAUAUAUCGGGAUGUCAUCAGAGGCGAUGGGGAUGGGGAUGGGUAUGGGCAUGGGGAUGGGAAUGGGGGGCGGCGGCCGCGCGAGCGGUGGGGGUGGCGGCGGGGGCUGGGGAGAAUACAGCGAUAGGAACACCACUUGGGACGAGUCCAAAGACCGGAACGAAGAGGAGGAAUACGAUCGGGAGGAUUCAGACGGGGAGUAUGGGCACAGGAAACCGAAUAAAGAGAACGUCUACAGCGACGCGGAAGCUGUAGUCACCGAUAGCCCGUCCCUGGCUCGCGUGCGGGAUGAAGAGCGCUCGGGGGGUGUUGGGGGCGCUGGGGGUGUCGGGGGCGUCGGGGGCGGGGGGCGCAAGCCGCUCAACAUCAGCCUGCGCAGCCCGGCGAGGAACAAACCGGCUACGCCCAGCAAGACCAUCGACCUCGGUGCCGCAGCGACGUACGGCAAGGCGGCAUCGAACCAAACAACAGCAACAGCAGCGACAAGAACAGCAGCCGCGACAACACAACCGGCGAACAAGUCGCAGGAGUUGCUCGACGACUUGUUCAAGACGUGCGCGCCGGCCGGCGAGCCGCACGCUGAGGACGAUUUCGAUCCCAGGGCGGAGGAAGCCAGAGCGGCGGCCAAGGAGGAGUUCGGGGACUUCGCCAAUGCGUUCUCCAGCCCGCCGCGGGACUCCGGCGACGGCUUCGCGGACUUCGCUAGCGCCUUCAGUGGGCCCGUGCAUGCGGACGUUCCAGCCGCGUCGAACCUGGACCUGCUCAGCGAGCUGACACCCAGCACUGCGCUCGGUGCGGGUGCGGGUGUUGGUGCGGGUGUUGGUGCGGGCGGGUUCGACAUCGACGCGCUCACCGGCUCGUUUGAGGACGCGAACAUAUCCAACAUGAGCGUGCAAGACGUGACCGGCGAGCUGCGGCGGCUCGCGCACGCGCUGCGCGCCGCGCCGCCCGCCCGCCGCGCCGCCGCGCGCGCGCUGCGCGCCGCGCUCGCGCGCCUGCCCGGCCCGCUCACGCCGCAGCGCCUGCUGGCGCACGAGCCGCACGAGCCGCACGAGCGGCGCCUCACCGGCGGCGCGCUGGACGCGUACGCGCAGGCGCUGUGGGCGUGCGCGCCGCGCCUGCGCGCGCUGUGGGCGGGCGCGCGGCGCGAGCUGGUGCGCCUGUUCGCCGUGGAGGAGAGCUUCGCCGCCAGCCACGAGAGCCUGGCCGUGCUGUGCGCGCUCGUGCGGGAGGAGCGGGACGCCGUCGCGCUCGAGGCGCUCGCCUUCCUCCUGCAGAAGUACGCCAAGAGCGACGCCGUGCUCGCCGCCCUCGUGGACCGCUGCCGGGCCGGCGCGGGCAGCCCGGAGGAGGGCAAAGCUCAGACGGACUGGGAGACCUACGUGCAGUACUACGUGACUCUGCCGGAGCGAGUCGCCAAUCGGUUGGAGAUCCGCACGCCCAAAGAAUUCUCGCACGAAAACUUUUCGUUUAUAGUGGUUUUCCAGAUCGUCCGAUGCAUAGAUUUCAUGGCCGAGAGCAGUUUCAAACUGGGCGUCCGAUAUGACCUCUCGUGCCUCUCGCACCUGGUGUCCAAAUACAUCAAUUACUACAACAAUACCGAGGCGUUCGGACACUUUAUCGACGUCAUCGUCGCGUGGACGGACGAUGAAAACAGCAAUCCGAACAAAUUCGUCAUGCGCAAGCUGCUUCAGACGCUCUCGUACCAUUUGAACCGCCAAGCGAUCGACAAAUUCGCAGUGUAUGUGUGCAAAAAGUGUCCCAUCUAUUACAAGAACCGAGACCAACCGAUCAAAACUUUGCUGGGUGACAACAUGGACACCAGCAGGGAUUGGAACGAAAUUCUAACGUACAAAAUACCUUUCAAUAUCCAUCCGGAAAAUUACAGAGAUACGACGCUGCAAGAGAACUUGAUAUAUUAUAUCGCGUCGAGUAAGAAUGCGAGUAGCAUUCUGAGUGACCUAAUUUUUGGUCUGAGCAAGGUUUGGGCCGACGUCCGCUCCAAGAACAUUGCAGACGUGAACCAGCACAUGUACACGUCGAUUCUAUUGUUACUCGCGGUUAAAUACAGAGUGAUGUUGUGGAAACAGAACAAGGACGCGUGGGACCUCAUGCAUCUGAAGAAAAUCCUCUUCAGAGGCAUGUCGAAACAUUUGGACGUGAUAGCGCAAGAGUUUCGCUGCAUAGGAAUGGCCACGGUGGAGUUAACAUUCAAAAUGCUCGUGGACGUCGAUGAGACGGACAAAAAGGCAGUUAAGAACUUAAAAUUUGACUACAACGACAUGGGCAAAGCGUGUCUAGAAAUAUACAACAUACUCAGAAAUGUCACAGCCAGGUGUUUGUUCGACAAGGAUCACGUGAAGCCCGCUCACGAACUGAAACCGGCCAAUCUAAACAAAACGCUCGAUCUCAUCGCGUUUAAGGUUGACGACGUCGACAGGCCGGUGCACAACACGAUACUCACCUGCGCUGUGAAAAGUCCGGAGCAGACUAAAGCCAUAGUUAAAACAAUUAUAUCGGUCAAACUAGACGAAUUAAAGAAAAACGGCAAAGAUGACGACUUGGAUUCAGACGACGAUCUGCAACCCUACGACAUGAGUAACGAUGUAUCGGAAUCGGAGAAAAAGAAACCUCGCUAUUUGAGAGAUCUCCUCGAAAUGCUGCGAGACGCUAGUGACGCGGAAAGCUUUGAGGUAGCGCUGCAGGCGUCAGAGGAAUUGGUUCAAGAGCAGAUGAAGAACGAACACCGGGUCCUUGCCAUAGAACUGUUAGAUCUGUUCGUGCAUUUAGAAGAGAAAUUCCACGUACAGAACUUCGACAGCAUCAGGUUUAACACAGCUGUGGCCAUAGUGUGCGCGCAGCCUAAACCCUGCGCGGAACAUUUGUGCAAAGAAAUUCACACGGACAUAGGGCGAUACUCGAUAGCCACCAAGAUAUUAAUGCUGGACGUGCUCUCCGAGGCGGCCAACCGCAUCGCCGACAUCAGACCGACGCUGGAACAGAAACAGAAAAUCGAAAUCAAGAAUAAACCGGACGAAAUGCUGCCCGAAGAGGUGAUUCGGCGCCGCCUCAUAAACAAGACGCGAUACUUCCACUCGAAGCGGCAGCAUCCGUUCGCGAAAGCGAAGAAAAAUCAAUUCGCGGCCGUCGCCGACUAUUUCUUCUACCCUCUGAUAGGAGGCUUCGGCCACCGGCAGCUGACUCUCAGCCACUACAACACGAAGCAGGACGUGGACAACAUUCUCCUCCUGAAGUACCUGACCGUGAUCGGCAACGUCAUCCUGGCCUCGAAGAAUUGUCCCAAAUGCGCGAUGUACUGCAAGGAGGUGGUCCCCAUGGUGCUCUACCUGCGCUUCUCGCCCGAACCCAAGAUUCAGAUGUGCGUCAUCUCGAUUAUCGCCUCCAUCGUGAUGGCCCUGCCCGGGAGCCUCAUCAGGGACGAGUUCGCGAACAUGAUGUCGGAGAUGUGCGCUUGGCUCAUGGAUUACAUGAAUAACAUGGACUUGGCGGUGAAAAUGAGCGGCGGCAGGACUGAGGCGGCCGUGUUCGCGGGGCAAGUGCUGCACCUGAUCGAGAACAGCCUCACCAAUUAGUGCCCAACUGCGGCUGAACAGAGCUAAUUGAUGUUUGGGCAUUUUGUGGAUGCCUGUUACAUAAGUGUAUGGCCCGAAUUGUACAUGUAAGGGUAUGAAAACAUUAUACUAAUUAGGUAUUCUGCUAAAGGGAAAUAUUGAUGCCUAAUUUAAAAGGAUUUAAAACAAGAUUCAUUACACAUGCUAAGUUAUAAUUUAGGAUGUUCUCAAAUUUGGUCUAAGUAUAUAAUUUGUUAACAAACAGACUCCAGUGGAAUAA